AUGAAACACAUAGCAAGCCGCGAAGCCAUUCGACAAAUCCACGCUCAAUUGAUCUUCAAUGGCAUUCAUUGUACUGGAAUGUCUAUGACAAUAUGGAAUUACCUAUUCCGACACUACUCUCUCGGUUCCUCCCCCGAAGAAGCUGUCCUACUCUUCAAGUACCUCCAACUUCUACACCUACCCAUCAUCUCCUUCGACAACUAUUCCUACUCUUUUUUCAUCAAGGCUUGCACUAAUUUGGAACAACCCACUUUGGGUACUCAGGUCUAUGGCCUCACUGUCAAAGCCAGCUUUGACCAUCACAUCUAUGUGCAAACUGCUCUGGUCAACAUGUAUUCAGUUUUUGGGUGUUUAGUUAAAGCACAACAAGUGUUUGAUGAAAUGCCUGAGAGGAACUCAGUCACCUGGAAUGCCUUCAUCACUGGUUUAACUAAAUGGGGGCAGAUUGGCCUUGCCCGUUCUCUCUUUGACCAGAUGCCAUCGCAGAAUGUUGUUUCGUGGACUGGUAUCAUUAACGGGUACUCGCGGUUGAACCAACACAAGCAAGCUUUGGCCUUGUUUCGGACAAUGGUUGUGGACAAGGGUAUUAAACCAACUGAAGUAACAAUCCUAGCAAUUUUUCCGUCCAUACGGAAUCUUGGGUGUCUUGAGUCUUGCCAAUUAAUUCAUGCUUAUGGAGAGAAAUGUGGGUUUAAUGAGCAUGACAUUCGAGUUACCAAUUCCCUUAUAGAUGUGUAUGCAAGGUGUGGGUGCAUUGAGAGUGCAGUAAAAGUCUUCGAUGGCAUAACUUGUGAAAAGAGGAAUUUGGUGUCAUGGACAUCUAUAAUCUCUGGAUUUGCAAUGCAUGGAAUGAGGAAACAUGUAGCAGAUAGUUUUAAAAGAAUGGAAGAUGAGUGUUUGAUGCCAAAUCGCGUAACGUUCUUGAGUAUUUUAAAUGCUUGCAGUCAUGGAGGAUUGGGUGAAGAGGGGCUUGAGUUUUUUAGAAAGAUGCUUAAUGAGUGUCAAGUUGUACCCGAUAUUAAGCAUUAUGGGUGCUUAAUAGAUAUGUUGGGGAGGGAAGGUAGGUUAGAGGAAGCUGAGACGAUAGCUUUGCAGAUUCCUACUGAGAUUGCUAAUGUUGUGAUUUGGAGGACGUUGCUAGGAGCCUGUAGCUUCCAUGGUAAUAUUCAGAUUGCAGAACGAGUUAUGAGGAAGAUACUAGAGAUAGAGAGAAGAUAUGGUGGUGAUUAUGUGCUUUUGUCCAAUAUAUAUGCUGGUUUUUGUAGGUUUGUAGAUGCUGAGGGGGUGAGGAGACUGAUGGAUGAAAGUAAUGCGUCUAAAGUUCCCGGACUUAGUCAUGUCUGAUAAUACCAAAAGAAAAAAGAAAAAAAAAA